UUUCUGCUGAUAUAUAACAUGUUUUCUGCUUUCUUCCUCCUCAGCAUCAGAGACCAACAACACAGAACAUUUAAGGAGCUCCGUCCUCUUUCCUCUGUAAAGCUGUUACCAUGGCAACGAAAAUCUCAUCCAAAUAUGACCACAUUAAAAAAGCUCUGAUCCAGCCAGGAUCUCCUAAAGUCUGGAAGCUGAUACCAAGGGAAGAGAAGAUUGGAACUCCGACAAAAAUGACUCUUGGUGAAAGAAAUUUGGAAAAGAUGAACAAAACCAUCUUACUUGUGGGUGAAACAGGAACAGGAAAAUCUACUCUGAUCAACGCUCUGGUGAACUACGCCAUGGGAGUGGAGUGGGAGGACGAUGUCUGGUUUCAGAUCGUAGAGGACGAGAAGAGAAGUCAAUCAGAGAGUCAGACAUCAGAUGUGAUGGUGUACCAGAUCUUUGGUUUUGAAGAUAAAACUCUGCCCUACUCUCUGACCAUCAUCGAUACUCCUGGAUACGGAGACACCAGAGGGACCGAACAAGAUGCCAUCGUCAGUCAACGAUUAUUAGACUUGUUCCGCUCAAAAGAAGGAGUUCAUGAGAUGGAUGCGGUGGGUCUGGUGCUGAAAGCCAGUGAGAAUCGAGUGAGUGACCGACUGAUGUACAUCUUUAACUCUGUGGUGUCUCUGUUUGGAAAAGACAUGGAGAAGAAGAUAGUCCCCCUCAUCACAUACUCAGAUGGUGUCACACCUGAAAAUGCUCUGAAAGCACUCGAGGCUGCAGACAUUAAGUGUGCCAAAGAUGAUGAGAACGAACCGGUUUACUUCAUGUUUAACAACCGCCAGACCACUGAGAGAAACAAAAAGAACAAGAUCGCUCUAAAAGGAGCAUGGGACAUGACAAUGGACCAAAUAAAAGAAUUCAGUGAUUUCCUGGGGAAAAAUGAACCUCAGAAGCUGAAGAAAACAGUUGAGGUGUUGAAUUCACACGUUAGAAUAACAGCCUGCAUUCAAAACCUGCAAGAGAGAAUAAAGUUGACUGAACUGAAACAGAAAGAAAUCCAACAGACCCGGGAAGCUCUGGAGAAACAUCAGGAAGAGAUGAAGAACAGUCAGGACUUCACUUAUGAAGUUGACGAGUCCUACAAAGAAAAAGAAACCAUCAGUGGUGGGUACUGGGGCUUGGGGUUUUAUGAAGGAGCAGUCACCUGUAACGUCUGUAAGGAGAACUGUCACUAUCCUGGAUGCACAGUGGCCUGGUCUCCAGAAGGCUGUGAGGUCAUGAAAGAUGGCCACUGCACUUCAUGCUCCAGGAAGUGUCCUGCAUCAGAUCACGUGAAAGAAGAGCGGAGGUACGUGACCAAGACAAAGAAAGUUAAAAAGACCAACGAAGAUAUGAAGAGAGAGUAUGAAAAGGGCAAAGAAAGCUGUGACCAGACUACAGACAUUCUGGAAACUCUUGAGGAGACCAAGAACAAACUUCAGAGAGAAAAGGAUGAGUGUCUGGAAGAGGUCUAUCAGCAUGUGGUCAAGCUGGAGAAGAUCGCCCUGAAUGCUAAUUCAGCGUCCACUUAUGGCCACCUGGACUUCCUGAUUGAGAAGAUGAAGGAGAAAGGAGACACACAGAAGAAGAGGAAACUGGUAGAGAUGAAAGGACGAAUGGAUGAAGAUAAAGGAGUCAAAAAAGCAGCGCGGUACGGGUUUAGUACACUGAAAGCAGCAUUUAAGAAGUAA